AUGUGUGCCCGAGCAGAGGAGUUGGCUAAUAUGUGCACCGAGGAGAAUGAUGUGAAAGAGUUGGUUACUGUGGAUAAUCUUCAGAUGGUGGGACUGUUACCCAGUAACCAGAACAUGACGGUAGAGAGUACUACUGAGGAGGCGAAUGCAAUCGACCAGUCCAACACCGAUACUGAGGUAGUGACCGAUCAGUUCUCUCCUAGACCAUCUCUCCACUCUCCCAGACUAGAUUCAGAGAUGUUUAGGCAAUUCAACACCUCUCUUGCCCCAAAGAGGAAAUCUGGGGAAGGAAGUGGCUCCACCCCUCCAAGCAAAGUCCCAAGGACAACUCCGCCCAGCCAAGGGAGACAACCCAAGGAGUCUAUUACAAUCCCGCAGCUGACCCCUUCCUUGCUUCCUCCCUCUGCGAGCCUAACCCCUACUCGCCUGACUGGCUUGAGUGAGGCCCUUCGCACUACUGGUAAUAUUGGAAAGGAACUGCUCAACCAGACUCUCCGCGAUGCUUCAACGAUUCAAAGCUUUGAAUCCUUACCUCGGCUUAGUGUUGAAGUCGUCUUACAAAGAGGUCUCGCUCAGUUGAUGAAUGUAACUAAAGUGGAGACUUUAACCUCUUCGGAAAGGGAUCUCAGAUCCAAGGUGGAGCAGGCAGAGAAGACCGUGGCUGAGCGGGAUGAGUCUCUUAGGGGGCUGGCCGACAAGAACCAAAAACAAACCCAAAUCAACAAGUCGUUGACCGAUCAGCUGGAGAAACUGACUCGUGAGAACGAGGAAUUGACUCGUGAGAGUGAGGAGCUAAAGUGA